AAAAAAAAUAACUUUUAUUUCCAAACAAUUCUGAAUUUCACGAUUAUUCAAACGAAACAACUUUUUAUUUUCCGAAAAAAAAUCAAAAAUCAUCAUGAGAUUCUUUAUCGUAUUAAUUGCACUCGCAAUCUUGGCUUUCAGUACCUUUGUUGCAUCUACGCCAACUAAUCAGGAAAGGGGAGAAGGUUCAAGUAGAGUACCAUCAGUCAGCGAUAAUCAGAAUCAGAAAAGAGGCGAAGGUUCAAGUAGAGUACCAUCUGUUAACGAUAAUAAGAAGAGAGAAGAAGAAGAAGCAACUUCUAAUUGGAAAAGAGGAGAUCCAAUCGAUAGGGUUCAAUCAGCUGUUAGCAGUAAUAAGAAAAGAUCUUUGUUAGAAAGACAGAACAAUAAGUGCCCAAAUGGAUAUCAUUGGUGCUAUGACAAAUACGGUGGAUGUUGCCCUAAUUAUUCCGUUUGCUCAUACCCUAAUACAUGCACUUCCAAAUGCUAAACGAAAUUUAUACCAACGGUCUAUUUUGAUGUAGUAUUAUUUAGCUUAAGAAUUUACUUUCUCAUUAACUUUAUCAUGUAUUUCUUUUUAUCAUGUAUUUUUUUUUUUCAUAUUACUGAAUUUAUUGCAAUAUAAUAUAAAUAAAUAAAUAUAUUU